GGAUAACGGGACAUUGGUGAAAAUGAAUCUUUUUUGACAGUGGCUGUCAUGUUGCAGCAUAGCACAUUCAUCACGGCGCAUCGGUGUGCGGCGUGCGCGUUUGGGUGUGUGAGUGUGUCCGCAAGAGCAGGACUGUAUGCUGAUGAAUGAGAAAAACACAGUGUAAAAUGUUUCACCAUUUUACAACUCACGUGUGCGAUGGUACAGUCUUGUAAAUAUGUAAAAUUGGUCCCUUUUUGUCCCCAGUUGUAUUGAUUUGAUCGAACGACUCGGAAAAAUAUCAAUAGUUGAUUUGACAUAACGCCAAGAAAAAAAAACCAAAAAGCACGCAAUGCGCCGUUGACAGACAGCUGACACAUUGCACGCACACUACCGCACACACGCACACACCUGCAAGUAUGCGAGUUGCCUUGAAGACGAAUGCGGAGGCGCCAUUUUGUUUUUUCGUUCAGCGAAUCAACCUAGCAUCAUUGGUACGCUGGACGGUUCGCGGGUAGGCAUUGUAGAUGCUGGAUUUUGCCGCGUUCGAAAUAGACAACUCGUUGUCAGUGCUGACAGUUCUGAAGUAGCGAUAGGUUGGCUUUGUUGUUUCUCGUGCCGUGCGUCGUCUCCUAAGCCCAUACUCCACUUCUCUUCGCGCAUCCACCAGUCAGAGUUGGCCUUUUUGACAGCAAAAUAACAUUCACGAAUUAUUUAGUAGGUUUUGUGCGAAACAUUUUCUACGCGAUAUUCGAUUCGCUCUGUUUUGAGUGAAACGUGCUAAAACUGCAUUCGUGAAAAUGCUGCUGUCGGUGGUUGAUGUGGCAGCAGCCGGGUGCCAGUGAAAUCGGGUCGAGAAACGGUGGCUGCAAUUUCUUUUUACCCCUCCAUACAGCUAUCUUCUGUGCACGUACGCAGUACACCGCGUAUGUACACGAGCUUUAAACGAAGUGCUGAAUAUAUAUCGCAUCAAGGAGUGACUAACAGCUUAGAUAGAACACUGGACAGCGGCGCAUUUCCGUAUCUGUGAAUAUAAUACAGAACUCCAAAAGCAACUCUGGAAGGAACAGCGUCACUACUGGCGUGUAGCAUCGAUAGAAGGUUCCUCCAGUACGUGACACAGCAAGGUGUUGGAUCUAAAGGUAGAAGGACGGAAAAUCGUCAGGAGGGUGUAAGCAGCGACACAGGGCAGCGAUAGUAGUCUCAGUGCCUUCAGCGUAUUGAAAGGCGCCCAGCUUUCCCGUUGACACCCCCGUACCCCCAAAACAGCCUCAAAAUUGAGGAAAUCGAGGAAAUCGUGGAGACCGAGGUUAUCCUCUCUCCAGAUGAGAUGCACCAUGAGGAAUUCGAAAUAACGAUGGUACCCAUGGAAUCGACAACGGUGCUGACACCCUCCGGUGGAACGGGCACAAUGAAGCGAGAUGUGCGGGACAUGGUGCGAGAGGCCAAUUUUCAGACCAAGCUGCUAAUGCAGGAAAACGAAGCCCAAGAUUAUCAUUUCCAGCAUGCCUCGAGUGCCGACGAUACGGAGGGAUCGGACCAGGAGCACACGAUGGGUGACAUGACGUUUAAGAGCGAAACGGAAGGAAACGAUACAAUGAAUUCCAGCAACCAAAGCUCAAGCCGGAAACGCCGCGGCAAUCUUCCAAAGCAGUCGGUAAAAAUUUUAAAACGAUGGUUGUAUGAACAUCGUUUUAAUGCUUACCCAACGGAUGCUGAGAAGCUAACCCUGUCACAGGAAGCCAAUCUGACGGUGUUACAGGUGUGCAACUGGUUUAUUAACGCUCGGAGACGUAUUUUGCCGGAAAUGAUUCGCCGCGAUGGGCACGACCCAAUGCACUACACCAUAUCCAGGCGGGGCAAGAAGAUGAGCGGUCAACUAGUGGGCCAUGAUGGGCAGAAUCCGCUUACGAUGAGCCCAGCAUCGGAGGUGAUUGUCGGUGCGACGGAGGAGAUCAUCGAGGAGGAGGAGGUGAUCGAGGACGGUGUGCCACAGAUUAUCACCAGCCACGGCCAACAGUAUGUGCAAACACCAUCCGGAUUGGUGAAAGUGGAGGAGGAUGUAGAUUUUGAAGAUCACAUCAUCUAUCGUUCGGACGACAGUAACAUUGAGUAUGAGUACGCGCAAAGCGAAGAAGAGAUGCCAGUCACGGAACAGGGCGAUUGGGAUGGAAUGAUUCGCUAUGCAACUGAGAAGGAUGAUGAAAUUCCGGAAGAAAUCACGGAAGAGGAAGUCAUUGCAUCGGAUAGUGGAGAGAAUGAAUUUUUUACUACGACGUCACAUACCAAUCUCGCUAAUAUACCGCUUCAGCAAACUACUACUCAUGUUACAGCUCGCCCAACAGUGACGACGACUGCUGCUAAAAUAAUUACAACUACACCAGUACCGUCAGGCAUCCAGCGAGUGAUUAUCGGUCAAUCGAAUGCGGGCUCUCUUGCUAAUGUCAUCACAACAUCGGGCGGCACGUUGAAACUCGGCGGUAACCUGACGGCCGUCCCGUUACAGGCAGCCUUGAAAGCGGGCCCCAAGAAGCUAACCGUCGUGACGAGCUCCGGCAAAACGACCACUGUGACCGCAACGCCGCUGAGUGAAUCGAAUGCCAAGACGAUAACGGCCACGUUAUUGCCGAGCGGUAACAAUGCAAACAAUAACAACAACAACAACAACUCCCAGAACACUAAUCCGCAUACGACGACGGCAGUGAAGGUAAAAGGUGUGAUCCGUGACGAUAAGGAUCAGUUCAAGUGUUUAUACUUGUUGGUGGAAACAGCCGUUGCGGUGCGCCAGCGGGAAAAGGAGCAGGACGAUGUGCACGUGCUGGGCAACUAGAGUGUGCGGUCUAGUUGUUGUCGUUCGAUCCGGUGGGCUGCAACGAGAAACGGCGCGCGAACCCAGUCGAAAGAGGCACACGAUGCAGCAUUUUGUGGUUUUGUCAAGUCAUGAAGUAAUGUAAUUGCGCGUGGAAUAACUAUUAUAGAGCCAGACUCCGUGUGUGCACGCAAUGGAGCGUGUGAUUGCACAACGGAACAAAGAUGAUGAUCGAUGUGGAAGGUUUUUUUUCUCUUGAUGUUGGAAAUGGAGAGGAUUGUAUAUAGGGAUAUCUUUGUGUGCUCCCCGCGUGAUUGGUAAGAGAGGGAUAGAAGCAUUCAUUUUUAGUACGUACCACAUAACAGGGGAGAGAUGCGUUUAUACAUGAAAGAUGGACAAAACUAGAAAGAUGGACCGAGGCGAGAGAAUGGUUUAGUUUUUAGAGCAAACGAGGACGUACCUUGAACGUUGGUAAAGUCAAUACUAAGCGAUCGUUAAUAUUAUGUUUAGACUUUUUUUUUUAAUUGAUAACCGAUACAUUCAGUUGCACAAUGUAUCGAGUUAAAAAAGAUGAUGGAUGUAAAAAGAAAAUAUUCAAAAGAAACGAAGCUACGAAGGGUUAGAUGUUCGCUCCCAGAAAGGAACAAGAACGUGAACAAAAAAGGCGCUCGCGUGAAAAAAAACAGCUUCUAAAAACAGACACACGUUGCACAUAUAUUACAUUUGUCGUAAGAAAAACAGAAUUUAUCAACCGACAAAAGGGAGCUAAAUUAAACCAGGUUGGAUGAUUUGUGUCCCAUCUUUUCCUGAUAUCAUGUCAUCCAUCAUACCGCUGUAAAUGCACGCUAGAAGACUUGCGUCUGUUAAGACGUUCGCACACAUGGUGAUAAAAGGACGGUGUGAUGAUGUGAUUACAUUAAGCUUACAUUACCAAUUUUUGGUUGAAUCGCAUGCAAUUUCUUCUGUAUAUCGUUACGCUGACAAUGGUGUUCGAUAACGCCAUUUAUCUAUGUUCGCUAUGUGUGCAAACGUCUUCGUUCGCUUUAAAUUGAAACUAUCGCAGAAACAUACGAGAAAAACAAAACAAUCUGCUCACGUUAGUGUAAUUAGGGACGGAUCUUUUGUUUAUUUAGAUACAGUGGAAAUUUAUUAUUAGAUUAUUUUUUUUUAAAUCAAGCGAUCGUACUAUGCUUUCCUCGACAUUUACCGAUUUUAAUUCUCCGUGUUCCUGUGUGCCGUAUUGUAUGGAGAGAAAGAGAGAGAGAUAUAAAUAGAGAGGACACAAAACAUAAAGAUUUAGCUUUGUACAAAGAUUAAAUGUAGGGACAUUUUGUUUACAUCUUAAUUCGGCUUUCUUUUCGAUUCGGAAGAAGAUGGUCUAUCUAUCUGGAAAAAAACUGCGUUGUUCAUAAUGUAACAAGGUACCUAUGUGUCAUUGGUACAUUGGAAAUCUUUGUUCAAAUGAUAUUGACACCAACCGCGCAAGCAAUGGAAGUGACAAAAAGGAAACGCCGUAUUAACAUGCGUUAAACUGAAUUUUCUUUUUCUUGUUCUAUUGUUUCAAUGAAGGUGUCUAAAGCACACAGAGUCACAGGCAGAGCAAUAUGUCUGUUUCAUUUAUGCCAGAGUCCAAUUUUUUUUUUCAAAGUCUAAAAAUCAUUAAUCAAAUGUCGUCCUCGAUGGUCAAACCGAUGUUUAUCUUUAGCUUUGGUGUCUCAUAUCGGCUUUGAGCAUGAGCCUGCACAGCAGAGUAAUUGCUACAGAUCGUUGCAAAAACCGAUACCAUGAUAACAAAGGUCCGGUUCUUUGAACAUAAUGGACGCUAUUUGAACGCCAUCUUCAUUCGAUCCUAUCUUUUAUGUCUAAGCAUAAUGCUAAAUAAGUUAAAAAUUCAUUUCAUGUCAUAGUUAUACAGUUUUGCAUACUCGUUCGGAAAAGGUGAAACAUGAGUUUUAAUUUUAUUUACCCCCGCACGCGGGUGUUGUUUGGAUUCAAGCUAGGUUAGUUUUUUUACACAUGUGUUGGACUGUUGCCUAAAUGAAACAGACUAUUCUUUACCGAUUUUCUUCCUUCAAGAAUCAGCCCUUUUUCAUACUUCUUUAAGAAAUUGGUGUAAUAGUUCUUUUUUAAUAAAAAAAACCCUCUUUUAAAAUAAAUUAAUUUUUCGCGUUCGUUCCUCAUGUGUUUGGAUAAAAAAAACAAAACGAAACAUCUCCUUAAAAAGCGUUAGUUUUGCGAUAGGAUUAUUCAGAAAAGAAAGAGAGAAAGGGAAGGGGAGAAGUAGCGUAGGAAAACGAAUGGCCAAAAAGUCACGUCCUAGCGAUGGGGGCAAAGCAUGAUGCCCGGCUGUGUUGGAUGAUUGGAACACCGGGUGGUCUCGCCCCAAAGGUGGUUAUAGAAAGGUAGCAACCAAAAAAUGCAAACCAAGAAAACACGAACGACGUAGAGAACGGAAUAUGGUACAAUUUGGUAAAAACAAAAUUAGGCUUUAAGAGGAGGUUAAAACGGCAGAUACCGUAAAUUAAUACCGUGCUGGUGCACGUGCGUGCGAUUGUUAUGCGGUAUCAACAGCAGGUGUGUAAAGUGAGUCACUCAAUGCAAUUUUGACCGAAUUAAGUAAGAGAAAAGAUAGACUCUCAGUACGUACUAAGAAAAGAUGCGUUUUAUAAAUAGCUGUGUAAAAAAAAACCCCCAACCUCUUGCGUAAAGGAAAAUCCCGUAAGUAGUCAGUCACCCCGUUGUUCCAAUGAUCCAUCCCUCACUCCCACAUCCCUCCCCAGUAAAUUGUUAUAGAGAAUGUUCUGUGUAGUGUGAAGCUCGAUGACGAGAGCCCCUUUCCACCCUCUCUCAACCGUACCAGAAGUAGACAGAAUCAUCUUUUUGUCUUUAUUUUCACGGUGAAUCAAUAGAAUUGUAAGGGAACACACACUUUCACAACCAAAACAAACACAGCAGACGUAAAUAUUGCAAGGUUAAGGUGGGAAAUCGUGCAUCAAGGGACAAAUGUACACCUAUCGACGAUGGUUGUAUCGUAAGGUGUAACUGUAGGAAGCGCCAACAGAAUCGAUCACUUGAAUAAAAAAAUGUCUUCAAUAAAACUUUAAACAAAAACAUAAA